AUGGCAGCUGGCCCGCCGAAUGCCCGAAUGCGACGACUGGGGGCUGGGCUUGAUGUUACCGGAAUUUUUGUCCAGGCCUUGUCAUCUUCCCUCGCCGAAACACACUGCCACUCGACUAUGUACACUCAAGCGAAUCCUCAUGAUACAGAUUGCUACGAGCACAGUCCGUGGCUCCGCAAAACCUCCCCAAGGACGCGCGCUGCUUCCAACGGCUCUUUCAAGCUAAUCGAGGGACGACAGGCCAUGGCACUCGAGCAAUUCAGUUAUCCCAUCUUCUUGCACUCCCGCAUGCUCAAUACCAUCGUUGAUGCGGUCAUGGUGGUCAUGCUGGAGUGUGGAUCCAGCCAACUGCAAUUCCCAACUGCAAUUCCCAACUGCAAUUCCCAACUGCAAUUCCCAACUGCAAUUCCCAACUGCAAUCCCCCCCUUCUUGCUAUCGUCGAAUAUGCAGCAACCAUCACUCCUACUGCUGCCCUGUUGAGAAACAACGCAUAUACCCACAUAUUCAAGCCCUUCGAAAUGGUAUCUUCGUUACCUUUAUCAAUUCCGCAGCCCGCAUCGGCACUGCAAUACGACAUCCUUUUCCGCGAGCCUGAUGACAGCCUCCCCGAGCCCUUGCCCUCGGUAGAAACGAUCGAGGAUGCACGAAUCAACGAUUCAUAUGCGGCAAGGAGCAUCGCUUGUGUUGGAACCUCCUACUUCGUCAAGUAUGGUUAUGGAGUGGAACCGCUCGAGGCCGAAAACAUGAAGUUUGUCCGCCAAUAUACCAACAUACAUGUUCCACGGGUCUACGCCGUUUACCGGCGCUCUAUCAGGGAAGGAGGCCAAAAAACAUACAUCAUUAUGGAGAAGAUCGAAGGCGAGUCGCUCGAGAAGCUGUGGGAUGAAUUCGACACCACACAAAAAUUGAGUAUCACCCGGCAGCUCAAAGAGUCUUUCAUUUCCUUGCGCGACCUGCCUCAUCAUGGAUAUUUUGGCAGUCUAGACAAGACUAAGCUGCGGGAUUUUUUAUUUGCCGCCGACGAACCCAUGCCAUCCAUCGACGCGCCAUUUGACACAGAAGAGGCCCUACUCGACGGCUUGAUGGAUAGAUUUUUAGCAGAAGAUCCUGACAGGCUGCGGCACAAAGCCUCAUAUUACCGACUUGUGCUUCCACAAGCGUUCAAGGGCGACAACCAGCCUGUUUUUACUCAUGGUGACUUGCAACCGAAGAAUAUCAUCAUUAAGCCAGAUGGAUGUAUUGCCAUUGUCGACUGGGCAACGUCGGGAUGGUACCCAGGGUUGGUCAAACGAUUGGCCUGCACAUAUUGGUCUUUUUCUGGACGAAUAUCCCAAUCACUUCGCCUGGAUGAGCCGCCUGCGGAUGGAUAG